AUCUAUCCAAGUUGCACUUAAUUCAGCUCCUUAUCGUCUAAUCAUCAAUUACUUCCGGGCGAAUGCCGUGUAUUGUUUAUAUUGUUUAAUUUGGCGCAUUCGCCGCAGUGGAUUAUGUAAUAAGAUUUUUUAAAAGUUGAUGUUUCUUCAGCCAUUAAUCGUACCUGCCGAAAGUUGGCCGCUGUCCAAAAGUAGUCUCAGGAAAUUCACAGUUUUCCAACUCGAUAGUCAGUUUACUUUCGUCCAUUCGGUGCCUUUCAUUCAUGUAAUUUUCAUUAAAUCUUGCGAUCUACGUUACGAAUCUUUGGUUGGUCCAGAUCCAUUCGGUUUCAUUCUUGGUUUGGCCAAUCGUUGCCGGUUUCGAUCGAAAUUUGCUUGCAAAAUCGCAAAACUCUGGCAAGACCGGUAAGAGGCAGUUGGCAGUGUCGUUAAUUAGUGGGAAAACGGUUAAUUGUUCACUGCAAACAGCAAUUAUAAGGUUUUUAAUUAAUUCGAGAGAAAGGAGGAUUUUUCCAAUCAAAGUACUGGUUGGAUAGUGUUUGAUUUGCCAUCUGUAUUUGAGGUUUUCUUAUUUGCGUUUUUAAUAUUUCUUCAGUUCAGGGAAGCAGUAACUGUUGGUUUUUGUGCAAUUACGCAACCUGCACUUGGGAUUCUUUGAAAUUUAGCUUAAUUAAUGUUACUAAUCAAAGUACUGAUUUAUUGAACUUCAAUAAUUGAAAUACAUUUUUUUAAUGUUUUUGAAUCUGAAAGGAGUCACUUUUGUUUAGGAUCCACAUUAAUGCUUUCUGUUGUUGCUUGCGUGAACUUUACAAUUUACAAUUUUACCUAGAACACUUCAAUAUGUUGCAACUUUAGCUGUAAAAAAAUAUAAUUUAGUCCCCGGUUUUUGUCUCAUUCAUGUAUUGAUUAGAGCCAUUUUAAAUUACAUCAAAAGAUGCACUUUUGAUGCUGAAAUUUUGCGCAAUUUCCUGAGGUAGUUUUUCAUCCAGUUACGUAAGCAGCCAAAGUGAAAAAACUAAGCAGGUCAAGAGUUUAAGGUACUUUCUGGUGUAUUAAACCGCAUAGUGAUGAAGAACUAAGAUGACUGUUAGUGUUCGAUUCGUAAAAGUGUUUCAACAGCAUGCGACGACAGUUUUCGGGGAGGCCUAGAGUGCGGGCAGGACGUUCGGUUAACAUCCGCGAUUGGCAGAAACAAGGAGAAGUCCUCACCACUUGGAAUAAUGAGCUGUGCAGCGGUGAAUCGCUUCCUGAAGUCGAGAUAAUCAGUCUUUUGGAGGAACAGAUUCCUCGCUACAAGCUUCGGGCUGAUACUCUCACAAAAUUUGGAGGAUACGAAAACCAGGACUGGUUUAUACCCUCGCCAGCUCUUCAGAUCGACGAGGCUGAUCUAAAAUUGUCGCCGGAUCAAAUCCGAGAAACGCUUAAUUAUUUCCUUCUAUGUAGUAACCGUGUGAGCCAAAUGACAAAAACCUACGAUGACAUAGAAGCAGUCACAAGGCUUCUGGAAGAGAAAGAAAAGGAUUUAGAACUGACGGCCAGAAUAGGAAAGGAACUGUUGCAACAGAACAAUAAACUGGAAAACACAGUCGCUUCGUUGGAAACCGACUUGAAAGCCGCUUAUGAGAAAAUCACGCAACUGAGCCAUGAAACGCACAAGAAGACUGAACUCAUCCAGAUCCUCACCAACGAUAUGGACGAGACCGACUUCGACACCACCUCGUCUGGAAAGAUUAAUUUGGAGCUCAUGCAGAAGAGAAUGGCGUCCCUACAAGAUGAAAAUAGGUCGCUGAAAUCGGAAUACUGUCGCCUUGCUUCGUGUGCCGACGACAUCGAAGCCCAAGAACAAAGACUUUUGAAGGACUUAACUGGACAAUUGACUUGUGCCAAUUCAAGUAUGACUUAUCUGGAGGAUGAAGUGGAUCGAGUGAAAGAGGAAAACCGCAAUCAGCACGAGCAAAUAUUGGCGUUACAGUCGCAGCUACAAGACACCGAAGAUAAGCUUAGAAAAUUGUUAUCAGAAAAUGACGAACUGAGCGGCCUGUUGCAAAUUACUAAGGAGAAUCAGGGCAGCAUAGCAGUGGAACUUUCCGAAUUCAAGGCCCGCUACUAUGAGGUGGAGGCUCUAUUGCGCGAUGCUCAGGACCAGAUCAGGAAGCUGCGAAGAAAACAGCUACCCGGCGCUCGACUGAACUUGUUCUCCUCACUAGGAGCGGCAGGUACUGCACCUUACGAUAGUCUCCAAAAUGAGCUGGAAAUGUCGAUGCAUUCGGAACUCAGUCUGGACUCAGGAAUUUCAAAUAGCAGUGAUACAGUGAUGCCGCAAUACAAGAAAGUCUUCGAAACGGUUCGAUGCGCCUCUCAAAGUUCACUUGGCAGCGCUGAGAGCUUGGGCAGCCUACACUCCUCAAUGGGAGGCUACGUCAGCAGCUCCAGCAUGCCGGGAGGUGCAGGUCCUCGCAUGAGUAUCAUGUCGCAAAGCAGUGGCGGAAGCGGCUAUGGACGACAUAGAAGGCCCUCUUCCUCGAUCUACAGCAGCAGCUCUUUGGGCUAUCCCAGUAUCGAUUCUACUGGACAAUCAGAUAGCGAGUCUUCCAUGCAAACGACUGACUCCGAAGAAGGAUAUCCCGGUUUACCCCGGAAAGGAAUUCCCGGAGUACCGGGAGCUACUGAACUGGAAGCAGCGCUCCAAAGGUUGACGCCGGGCGCCGUGUUGGCUCGAAGAGCCAACCUCCAAAUGGGCUCCGCAUAUGGAGGAUAUGAAGGAGGAGACUCCUUUUUGCCCUUCGGAUGCCGCACUCCCGACAGUCUGAUGUCUACCGGUUCUGGCAACUACUACGGCGGCGGAUGGAAGCUGCCUGAAAAACUACAAAUUGUUAAGCCUAUGGAGGGAUCGCAGACGCUACACCAUUGGUCGCAGCUGGCGCAGCCUACAUUUGGAGGUUUGUUGGAUGAGAGGCCUGGCGUGAAAAUAAGAGGCGGCAAGGAGCUGGAGGAUAUAGGCCUGGAAACUUAUGGCUUAAGCGACUUGGAAGAAGAUGAAGAGUACAGCAAUCCAGGCAAACUCUUUGAUGGGUCGGUUCACACUUACACCUACACAACUAGCACAGUGCUGCAUCCGGAUGAUGGCACUUUUGUAACGCCCAGCAAUAUGGGCAGUCGAAUCGCCUCCGUUUGCAGCAGUAUACAGAACUCGCCUCCUCAAACCCCGAUGGCUUUGAGCAGACGGAAUUCUUGCAGCACCUUCUCGACUACUGUGGGAUUGGCCAAGAUGCUUAAUGAACGAGGCAUCAAGGCUGUAACUCCGUCAGCCCUAAAUACUCCUAGUGGAACCAACAGCUUCACUCCGACUGCGACUCCUCACAACAGUCCAGAUGGAAGCCCUCUGAGCACCAGGUCGAACUCUCCUGAGCCCUAUGAGGCAUUCAGUUUGCCUCAGCUUCUCCUCAGCUCGGUACCGCAGUUCCUCAGAGACACUGUAGGCGCUGGCGCCUACAAAAAAACUACCUUCAGCAAGUCGAAGCGGAGGCCCAACCGACCGGAGAAACAAGAGAGUAUAGUGGGGAAAAUCGAAAAAAUCGGAAUCAGCAAUCUAAUGGCAGGCCCCGGAACUCUCGGCUUACCUGGCGGAUUGUAUUCGCGCUCCUCACUAACUAGUCCAAUGGCGCAAUUAACCUGCCUAUUUCCUAGUCACAGCAGAGAAGACCUAAGAACCGUGAGCGAAAAGGCUGAACCUAGUAUUGACCAAUUAACUGCACCAGUUACAAAACCAAAGUCUCAGCUAGGAAUACCUGGUAAACCCGGCACGGGCGUGCUGAAUCGUCGGUUGGAACAACUGAAUGCUCGCAAGCAGCGAAGACAAGCAGGUUCGGGUCAAACUAGGCCCGAUUUGGGAACAGUUUCAACUCGAAAAAGUCCCGAACCUGAACAGCCCCAAUCGCACACCUCUACAUUAGGCACCCUUAGUAGUCUGUUGUUUGGUCGGAAAGGAGGGUUGUUCUAAUAUGGUGAUCAAUAGUGAAAUGUUGGCAAUCGAGACACAUACCAUUGAUGCAGCUGUUUAAAGGAAAAUAUAUACGUUUAGUAUUUAGGGAGAAUGUGAUGCCAUAAUGUGUUUUCUUGAAUUGCCGAUUUUUCGAGUUUUGUGAUAUUAGGCGAAUGGCGCUAGCUUUGAUUGAAAAUUUGCAAAGAGUCGCUAUCUCCUUAGCUAUGCUCCCUCUUUUAUUCAUCAAGGAAAUAAAAGGCGCGUGACGCAUCUCAAUUGCCACAUAAAACUUAUCAAUAGUGGGUCAUUAUUUAAAAAAUCAACACUUGUUAAAAGUGAAAGUCUGCCCUAAUUGCAAACAGAAUGCGGAGUUAGCGCCUGGAAUUCUUCCAAUUAUAAAAUAGCUAAAGCUCAAACUAUUUAAUAGUUUCCUAUUUUAUUUUGCACUAAUUCUGUUUUUAUGUUGCGUAACUGAAAUGAAAAUCCAUAGUUUAUAAGUCCUCAAAAAUAGUUUUAAAAAAAUUGUAUUCUACUAGCCGUUUAUUUUGUUCAUUGUCCCAUUUGUGUUAUUUUACCAAAAGUUUUGCGUAAUUUCCGGGUGAUUGUGUCGAUCUGAUGAAACAGUUUAGCAGUGUUUUAUUUGAUAUGAAUAAAGCACAAAAUGUCUAAUGUUUGGUGCUCUUAGAGUAAGUAGGUUGUAUAUAGGUUGUGUAAAUACAUAGUUGAGAAGAAACGAAUAUUUGAAUCAUUCUGUGCAACGACAGUUACAUAUAGAAUCAUUCAAAUAUAGUUUACAUGCUAUUAGAGUUGCUUAGCUGAAUUUUGACUUGCGACAUUUAUAGUUAGUCUUACUAUAGAGAACUUUGUAUAUUAGAAAUUUACUUAAUGUGAACUUGCAUUAGUCAAAUAUCGAUUUAGUAUGUAUUCUAAGUAUUUUAAUAUUUAAAAGUUUCGUUGCCUGUUGAAUAUACCGUUGAAAAUUCA